UCCACCGACGGAUUCAGAAUUUAAUGGCGGCAAAAUAAAUAUGAACGGUUUAUGAAAAUGCUUUUAAAAUGGCCGAAAAUACGUCAGCAAUACAAGAUGGAGAUCAAAAUAACCAAGGAACAGUAACAAAUAACUCUUAUCUUGAGUCAAGAUCUCAUAAACUUGGAUUUACUCUCCCGCCAUCUGGUUUUUUAGCUCGAGCAUUGACUCGCACUUUGAUAGCCGCAGUGGGAUGGACAAUCCUUUGGACAAUGAUUGGAGAUGAUCUACUUCCUGGAGGCAAUCUCUUUGGUAUAUUUAUUAUCCUAGUGUUUUCUGCCUUAGGAGGGUUUCUAAUCUCAAACAUACCUUAUAUUGUGCUUCCUUCUCUUUUUGGGAUGCUAAUCGUUGGAUUUCUUUUGAGAAACGUCCCAGGCAUCGACGUUGCUAAACACAUAAAUAAACAAUGGUCAGCGACUUUAAGAAGUAUUGCUCUUGUUGUGAUUUUGAUAAGGUCUGGACUUGAACUAGAUCCUGUGGCUUUAAAAAAGCUCAAGUUCACUUGUAUCAGACUUGCAUUUGGACCUUGUAUUGCUGAAGCUGUUACUGUAGCAAUUGUGGUCAGAUAUUUUCUUGGCAUGCCAUGGCUUUGGAGUUUUCAACUUGGGUUUGUUCUUGGAGCAGUAUCUCCAGCUGUGGUUGUCCCUCAGCUAUUGGUCCUCCAGGAAAAAGGUUAUGGAGUCCAACAAGGCAUUCCUACUCUUGUCAUGGCUGCUUCAUCUUGUGAUGACGUGUUGGCUAUCAGUCUUUUUGGAGUCUUUCUUGGCAUUGCUUUCUCAGAAGGCAAUCUGUACUUUAAUAUAUUCAGAGGACCCUUAGAACUCCUUCUUGGUGUUGCUAUUGGUUGUCUUGCUGGUCUUAUUUGUUGGUUUCUACCAAAUAAGAAAGAGACUGAUAGAUCCAGAGUUCGGUUUGUGUUGCUUUCUGGCUUUGGAUUACUAUCAUUGUUUGGUUGUAAUGCUGCACAAUUUUCUGGUGCAGGAGCACUAGGUGUAUUGACAAUGGCAUUUAUUGCUGCUUACAAAUGGGGAGAGGAAGAAAAGACACCCAUAAACAAUGCCAUGUCUAUAGUAUGGGAGUUCUUCCAGCCAUUAUUGUUUGGUCUGAUAGGGGCUGAAAUAUCUCUAGAUUACCUGGAUGGAAGAUUUGUUGGUAAAUGUGUUGGUGCAUUAGUCAUCUGUAUUACAAUGCGCAUGCUCGUUACAUUUCUUAUAAUGGCGGGAAAUAAGCUGACCAAUAAGGAAAAGGCAUUUGUUGCUAUUGCAUGGUUACCCAAAGCAACAGUUCAGGCUGCAAUUGGAUCCCUAUCCCUCGAUAUAGCACGGCAGCGAGGUUAUGCUGGCAAACCACAAGAGGAGUACGGUAUCCAGAUCAUUACCAUGGCAGUUCUAUCAAUCCUGCUGACAGCUCCUGUAGGUGCUGCUGGUAUAGCCCUUGCUGGUCCUUUACUUAUGAGAAGAGUACAGCCAGAAGAACAAGACAUGCGGGCAGAAGAUCGUUUGCUGUGUAUCCAGGAGCGGCCUAAUAAGGAUAUUGCUUUAAACGACAUGACCUGAAACAGCGAGCUCGAGUGUGUACAGAGCUUUCAGACUAACCAGUAGGCUUGUAGGUCGCGAGGCAAUCGCGUUCGUGUGCAACAAAUAAGCGUCUUAACGUUAGAAACAGCAGUGUUUGAUGUAAUAUUUCAAAAACUCGUGCUUCGUGUUUCAUUAGGGUUUCCAAACACGAGAAAACAUUUGAAAGCACUAGGCCGUAGACCGAGUGCUUUUAUUAUUUUUGAGUGUUUGGAAACCCUAAUGAAACACGAAGCACGAGUUUUUGGAAUUACUUCUCUAAUGAGAUAAUAAUUUAUUAUUGUAAAUUAUGCAGGGAAAGAAGUUUCCUUGUUUUGAUGUUUUUAUUUAAUAUACGUAGAACAGUUGCAUGGGGAAAAAAUCAAUAAAAUAUAGAUCCAACCCAACUUUGUCUGCAAAUUCCUCGUUAGCAUAGUUGGUGAAUCACUAGGCUAUCACGCAAAGGGUCCCAGGUUCGAGACAUGGUAAGUCCAAGGUAAAAAGAAAUGAAAAAGAUAAAUACGUAAGUAGAUCAUAGUAGAUAGAAGUAUAAGAAGUAAGUAAUGGAGAGGAGAGAGGUAAAGAAAUGAGGCAAAUGGGUGGAAAGUGGAUGAGAAAUUCUUCUAGCUAUUUUGAGAUAUCCACGACAGAUAUGUAGAUUAAGAAAUAUUUCGGCACGAGAUUUGAAAAUAUUUCAAGCACUAGUGAUGAUAAUUUUCAAACACUAGUGAUGAAUAUGGUUUUUCAUAAGGUUUCAAAACCCAUUCACGUGAUCUGAAAAGUGCCCCUCCAUUGGUUGCUGAGCUUAUGACUUA